GUAUUAGUGUCUCAAAUAGUUUCGUUUCCAAAAGCUGUCACUGUCACCAUACUGUCACAGCUGUCAAAACAAUUGACAUUUUUUCCAAUUCUCGACAGCGAUUACGACCACUUUUCGCCAUAUAAUUAUUUAAUAGACUGAAGGAUGGGCGGACAUGGUCACGCACCUUAUGUGGUCCCUGACUACAAGCAGUUCCAGGUGAAGGGAAUCAAGCAGCUCGAGGAGCUGGAGAAGGCCUUGGCCCAGAAGGGACUUAAGGACCCCUGGAUCAGAAACGAGGCUUGGAGAUACAACCCCGGUUUCGGCACCAGAUGGAGUCGCGCCAAGAAAGUGUUCUUCCGCGGCUUCCCGAUUGGUCUGGGCCUAGCGCUGAUCACCGCUGGAGCCGAGAAGAUGCUCGGAGGACAUGAUGACCAUGGUCAUGGGGGUGGACAUCAUUAAGUUAUUCAAUGCUGUGUUAGAAAAUAAAUUAUUGAUAGUUUA